AUGCAGGUUGAAAGUCUAUUACCUCAAGAACAUCCGGCGUGUAGGCGUUUACAUCAUGCUGGUUUAUUGCAUCCAGAUACUCCAGGUAGUCAGUUAGCUGUCUUAUGGUUGGAACGAAUACAUCGUGCUAUGCAAUUGCAUGAAACUCAACUAAUUGACACAUCUAACCUUAUUCACGUGCCAUUGCAUUCUCCCUUUCUGGAAUGUUUAGCCAAACAAUCUGCAAAUAAUAUCUCUCCAACUUAUUAUCCUUUGAAUCCAUUGCUACAAGAUCAAAUGGAACUUACGGAUACAACUCUAGAUCAGUUGAUCGCAUUAUCAAAUGUGUUAUCAUUCAAGUCAAAAUCUCAACAUGGUCGUUUUAGUCAAUGUCAGGUGACUACAUAUGAUACUAAAUCACCGGAGUUAUGGAAUUGGAACAUUUUAACCUCAUUAGGCCGUCAUUUAGCUGUAACUCGAUGCACAUUUUCUUGGGAAUCAAAAUCACAUAUGAAAUUUCUAAAAGCAGUCAUGGAGUUUUUGAUACCAGAUCAGACAUGCAGAACAGGUAUAUCAGAUUGCAAAACUGAAAAAUGCUUUAUUCCGAAUUCUCCUCCAGUAGUGUAUUCUUCUAUUCCAAGUAAAUCUAUGCAGUCAUCGGAUGGGCUAUUACCAGUUGAUGGACUUCUGAAUGCAAUCAGUGAUAAUCGUAAUUUUGUGCUACAAAGUGUAAAUACUUUGAACGCACACGAUAAUACUGAUCAUUUAUUAGUAUAUUCUCGUGAGAAAAACAUGUCUGAUAUUAAUGCUACAAGUACUAUCAUGAAUAAUAAUUCUAAUACAAGUCGAUCGAAUUAUUUAAUCAAUCCGAAUGCCAAUUUCAAUUUAGCUUGGCUUUCAUAUAAUUGGCCUCAUGCUUCAGCUGCUGGAAUUUUAGCUGCUGGAUUAAUAACACAUUUGGCAUACUAUCCUCCAGCUAGUGAACCAUUUCAAUACUUGGAUCGUUUUUUAACUGUACUCCAUCUAUGUUUAAAAUAUGUACUCAACAAACAAUCUAAUGAAUCAUUAAUCGGUCAUAAUGAUAAUAAUAACGGUAAUAAUAAAUCAAUAAGUCAGAAACUUUCGCAAGACAGUAAUAAUAAUCCUAACAAUAAUAAUAACACUAAUAUGAUAUUAACAUUCCAUCCAAAUUAUUUGGCUAAAAGUUGUGGUGGUCUGAUUUUAUUUGCCGCAUCACGAUUAACCAACUCUGAAGUCGGUGAAUUACGUUUGGAAAAAAGCGAUCUUUGUUUAGAUUUCCAGUGUAUUUUAAUGUUUCCUAGUCAAUUGAAAAAAAAUUCCAAUACAUAUACUGAAACUCACUGUAAUGAUACGGAUGAUAAGCGUAAUCAACAAUCCAUUUUUUUAAAUCAUGCGAAAAUUAUAUUGUCUAGUCUAGAUUAUACACAUUCUACUAAAUUGAGUCGUUUGCUCUUGACAACUGCUGUAAAUAGUGGUAUAAAGCCUUUACGAAUUUAUACAAUUCGUUUGAUUCGUCUUUUAUUUCGUCUGAAACUGCCGUUUCUAGCAAGUUGGUGUAUAGAUUUAGUUGUAAAACUAUGCAUGGAUCCAUCAAACAAAAUUCGUCGUUUAGCCUUAUGCCUAUUAGAAGAAUUAUGUUGGGAUCCUGUAAAUGUUCAGGCUUUAUCGCAAAAUAUUCUACAUAACCAAACCAAUGAUGACAAUAAAAAUGUUUGUCAAAAAAACUUUUUAACACCAUUUGCUAUUUAUUUAUUGCAUGGUAAUACCGGUCCAAUAGGACAUAGAAUAUUUGGUAGAAUUCUUUCUAUCACGACUAUAUUCGAUAAACUGUGCAUGAAUCAUAUUACUUGGAGACAACCAAAUUCAUCAUUUCUUCAUUGUGAUGACGGUCGUUGUUGUACACCGCAAACAAAUAAGAAUAUGAAUUGUUCAAACUCAUGUCUGUCUUGUAAUGAACUGAAUAGUAGUAAUAAUGAUAAUAACAAUAAAUCCGUGUUAAGUGAUCCAGUGAACUGGAUGUUAGAUGUUGCACGAAAGCACUACAAUUUAGCUUAUGCAAAAGAAAUGGAUGAUCGGUUUACUUCGUUGUUUGUUACAUAUGGAACGAAAUUACUUUCGGGUACAUCUUAUAAGUCAACAAGUUUCACAUCUUUUGAUUCAGCAACAACGAACUUACAAAUACUGUCACCUUUACAUUUUAAUACCAAUACUGACGAUGAAAAUAAUGAUGAUGAAGAAAACAGUGAGAGAGUUGAUCGACCUAGCAAUUCAGAAUUUAAUUUUGAAGACAAUUAUUUUACUGAAGAAACUGACUCAGUUUCCGGAACGUAUGUAUCUCCUCCGUUGGUAAAUGAUCAAUCGAUUGAUCAAGUUGUUGAUGGACAUGAUAGUUUUCAUUGUUUACCGCUUCCAAAACAUCUUUAUGCAUGUAUAGCUGAACAUCGUAAUGGAAUCGACUUGUUAGAUACAAGAAAGGAUUUAGAGACCGCUGUUGCUAAUAUACGUUCUGUUUUGCCUCAAAUAAUCAACGAUAAGUAUGAAGAAACAAACACUUAUAAUGAUACUAAUUCCCUGUUAAAACUUAAAGCAGAUAUGUGGGCUUUAGCUCAUACCUGUUCAACAUCUUACGGACAAUACUGGUUAUUAAGACAUCCCGAACUGAUGACAUUAUUAACCAGUCUUGCUUUACACUCCAAUCUAAUGAACAUCAGAGCGGUUGCAUGGAUUUGCUUGAAUUUAAUUGCUACAUCAUCAAAUCAAAUUUUUCGACAAAAUAACUGUCUAGGAAUCUUACAAAAUAACCAAUCAUCAAAGCACAUUAAUGAUCUUAAGUGCAAUGAAUCUUUAUCCGAUUGGUUAUUCAUUCCUCAAAUAUUUUAUGAUAGAAAUGUUAAAACUGUCGAAGGAGCUCAAGAUGAGAUAUUGGCCUAUCCAAAAAUCCAAUCACUCAGUGGACAAAUGAUCCAAACCAAGUCAAAACCAAAUCGAUUACUUUCUGAUAUCUUUUCUGUCAUUCCUCCAGUCACUAAUUUUGGAGCAGAAACUAAAAAUGAAAAUCUUCCUCUUAGUACACAAAAGUCCAUCAAAUCGUCAGUUCGUAGUCAAGUAUUUGGAAACUUUAAUCGUUCCCGUCAGUGGUUGCAUCGUCGUUGGUCACCUAAUCAUAGACGGCUUUCUCCACCAAUUUCUGAAUCAAGAGAACAUUCGUCAUUUCAUUUACCGAGUCAUCAUUUUGUAUCAUUUGUUAAACCAAAGCAUUCAAUAAAUUCUUUUACUCAAAUUGAUUCGUUCAGUUAUGAUGUAUCAUCUGUCAAUAUUUCAUCUAAGCAACUUUAUUCUACAUGGACACAUCGUGACUGUAUUUCACAUCGUCAAGUUGUGUAUGGCAAAUCAAGCCAAAGCACAUCUGUACCAGGCUCUGUUGAUGAUGUCUAUCCGUCCGUAACUUUAACCUAUAAGGUAUAA